AUGAAAAUGAACCAAAUAAAAAAAAUAAAGCUUUUGUAUCGUCAAAUAUUGAACGAAGCAUCCAAAUUUGAAAACAUAAGUUAUAACGUUUACUUUACUAAUAAGGCUAAGGAAAGCUUCAGAGAAUUUUUUAGUAAUACAAAUUAUGAUAGUGAACAAUUAAAAGUUUUUGAAAAUGAAAAUAAUGAUUAUCUCAACAUGCUAAAGAGACAGACAGUAAUACACAACUUAUAUCACGUUGAUAAGCCAUUGGUGUCAAAAUAA